AUGAAAGAUUACAAACAUAUGCAUUUAGUGAAUGAUUUCACACUUUUAGAGGAGAAGAAAAGAUUAGUAGAAGAACUUGGUAAAGGUGCAUCAAAAUCGAUACACCCAAAUCAGCAGCAACGACAACACUAUAAAACUAAUGAACUUAUACGGACAUACGCCAAUGAAGGCGUAGAACUGCUCCUCAGUCCACAGGGCAUGGAAAGGCGGCGAAAAGAUCAUACUUUCUUUGAUACAAGAGCGGGCGAACUUAAGAUGACCUGUGAUAUCGUAGAAGGCGAUAACAUUAGAGUGGUACAUCAGGUGUUACAAUCUAUGACUAUACAGAGCAUCCUCAAGCAAAAAUUGAACAUGGACGACAUCAGUUGCUUACAUACCUACAUAAAGAGCCAGGACGGGAGAAACAUCAAGGCAGAACACUCGGAGGAGAUCAUAGAAACUCUCAGAGGGACCACUGUUAUAGAUUAUCCAGUCCUAGUGUUGUCUUCUACACCGCUUGACAAACGAUGGAGAACAGAAGAACAUAUGAAGUUCGAUAACGACAGUGAUGACAGCGAUAGUAGUAUAAGUAGUAGUAGUAGCGACAGUGACUCGAGCGACAGCGAUUUGUCUGGAAUAGCAGAUGACGCAGACAUAACAAUAGAUAUCAAUUAA